AUGGAGAACGAGUCUGAGAAGGAUGCAGACCAGAAUGAAGAGACAUCCAAUACCAGUGAGUCUCCGGAGUCUGUGUCACUGGCUGACACCUCAGCAGAGAAGGCCAAACAAGGCUCUGACACUGACCUAGAGGCUGAAGAUCCUGAGAAGGCCUUUGCAGGCAUUACGGGCGCAGAGCUGUACUUGGAAGCAUGUAGGCUGAUGGAGGUGGUGCCUGUCUCACACUUUAUUCAGAACUUGGCCAAGCCUUAUAUAAACCUGAACCACCAUGGUCUAGGACCCAAAGGUGUCAAAGCCAUUGCUAUUGCUCUAGUGUCCAACGCAACUGUCACCCAUCUAGAGUUGGAAGACAACUGCAUUCUGGCAGAAGGAGCCAUAUGCAUAGCAGAGAUGCUACGAGAGAAUUCAUCCCUUCAAGAACUGAACAUCUCCAAUAACCACCUAGACACAGCAGGAGCUGAAGCCAUUGCCAGUUUGCUUUUGGAUAACUUGUCCUACCUCCAUGCUCUUCAGCUCUCAGGAAACAACUUUGGAGAGGAGACUGCACCAUACUUUGCUGAGGCAUUAAUGGGCAAUUACCAAGUGAAGGAGCUGGAUCUCAGCCACAAUGAGUUCUAUGAGAAGGGAGGACAGCUCCUGGGACAGAUGCUCGCCAGCAACACAACACUGGAGAUUCUGGACCUGAGCUGGAACCACCUGAGGAGGAAGGGGACAGUAGCACUGGGCACAGGUCUCAGGGGCAAUGGUGCACUGAAAAUACUCAACCUUUCUUGGAAUGGCAUUGGCAACGAGGGAGCACUGGCCCUAGGAGAAGCUCUCAAAGUCAAUAAUGUGCUGGUUCACCUGGACAUCAGCAACAACCAGAUCAACAAUGAGGGAGUCAAGAAGCUCUGCAGGGGCCUUGAAGUCAACGGAAAACUCAAAAUCCUGAAGAUGGCAAAUAAUCCCCUGACUGUGGAAGGUGCCACUGCACUAGUCACAUCUGUCAGAAAGAACCCCAAAUCCAUGAUGGAGGAGAUCAACAUCUCAAAUGUGUUGGUGAAUGAAACUUUCAUCAAGUUGCUGGAUUUUGUGUGUCGAACGCGUCCUGAACUAGAUGUCAUCUAUGGUGAGGUCGAAGGCUGUAUCGCCAAGAUUUCCAAGCAGCAUCCAAAUCCCAUGAAAGUGAUUCAGAACUACUUGAAAGAGCACAACCUACGACUCUGGGACUUUUUUAGAAAUAUUGACAAGGAUGGAGACAUGAAGAUCCCUGUGGCAGCCUUCCGGAGAGCCAUGAUGCAGCAGUCAAGCAUCCCAUUGGACCGAGUCCAAAUUGGGGAACUAGUGCGCAAGUUAGACCGGAACCGGACAGGGGUUGUGGACUAUAGUCACUUAGAAGAGCAGAAGCCAGCACAGAAGCCUGUGGAAGGGGAAAUUGAGGAGGAAAAGAAUGAAGAGCCAUAA